GUGGCUUCCGACAUUGCCCUCCCAUUGUGCUGUUCGCUGGCCAUUGUGGAAGUCUUCCAAUCGAUGUCCAAGGCUAUAAUCUCCAAGCGGACCGGGAGGCUGGGCCAUUGACAAGCUUAUCGAUAUGCCUUGUGCAAUGUCAGUCCUCGAGGUACUCUGCCUCACCACUCCAUGUGACACCGCCCUCUCUUCAUUCCAGCAAGCAUUGCGUAGACUUGGGGAGUUGCAAGUAUGCCUGAUGAUACUUCUAUACAUCUACCAACAGGCAGCUGGCGCGUAUCGCACCUUAUGGCACGACAUGCUAGAUGCAUGUGCGCUUUGGCUUCUACAAGAUAGCCACUACAAAGGCCGAGAACGAGACAAACAAGUGAGACAUCCAAUCCAGAACAUCCCGAAAGAAACCUUGUCGACCGAAGAUGAUGGCACGAAGACGACUUGAUGGUUGCGGUCGUGACCUUCGAUUACACAAUUG